AUGUCUGAUCACGGGGAAGUCGAGGUCGAAAACCCCUCUGGGGCUUUCCAGGCUCUGCCUAAGGACGCUCUUGCCGAGAUGGGCACCGUCAAGCUGUUCAACAAGUGGAGCUACGAGGAUGUUGAGAUCCGGGAUAUCUCUUUGACCGACUACAUCCAGAUCCGCAACCCCGUCUACAUCCCUCACACUGCCGGUCGUUAUGCCGCUAAGCGUUUCCGCAAGGCUCAGUGCCCCAUCAUUGAGCGCCUGACCAACUCUCUCAUGAUGAACGGUCGCAACAACGGCAAGAAGCUCAUGGCUGUCCGCAUCGUUGCCCACGCUUUCGAGAUCAUCCACAUCAUGACCGACCAGAACCCCCUCCAGGUCGCUGUUGACGCUAUUGUCAACUGCGGUCCUCGUGAAGACAGCACUCGUAUCGGUUCCGCUGGUACCGUCCGUCGUCAGGCCGUUGAUGUUUCUCCUCUCCGCCGUGUCAACCAGGCCAUCGCUCUCCUGACCAUCGGUGCUCGUGAGGCCUCUUUCCGUAACAUCAAGAGCAUUGCCGAGUGCCUCGCUGAAGAGCUCAUCAACGCUGCCAAGGGAAGCUCCAACUCUUACGCCAUCAAGAAGAAGGACGAGCUCGAGCGUGUUGCCAAGAGCAACCGGUAA